AAGCGAGAAACUGUGUUCUGCAGAUGUUAGAGCGUGGCUGUGUCAUCGUUUGCAGAGGAAUUGCUCAGGGCUCGUUGAUUUAUUUAUAAUGUCAGUAAUUGGUUUUACUCGGCGUCACGAAUGAUUUGCCAGUGCCAAAUGCCUAUAAGGCUUUCAUGUUAUCUUUUGUAACCACAGGCGCAUCGUGCUAUUGCGUAAAGCCCACCCCCCCGUUAGCGUGCACCACUGAGCCAGAAACAAACACAAUAGAGAUCUACGAAGUUCCUUCUUUGGAAAUAUAAACGUGUGUGUGUGGUGAUGUGAAUCAGUGGGGUGGUUUAAUGCCAGGCCUACAGGUUAAUGCUGGAUUGUUUUUGGUUAUGCGCAAGAACCAGAAAAUUUCACUGGAAAAAAAAUAGAGAGUGAAAUUCUUUUGUAAUCUCGCUGAGUAAGAAAUUGCACCCCGGACAGAAGUGUGUGUCGAUAAUUUGGCGUCUGCUGGGAGUGGCGCUCUGUUCGGCAAGGUAUGAGAAAAGAUAUCUGUCAGUGAGGACAGGAGAGAGCGGCAUUGUAGCAGAGUGGAAGUUUUAUUUCGGACCGUUGUUUUCGCCUCCUGCUCUCUCAUGGCGUAUGCGGCAUACUGGAGUAGUAUUCAUGGAAAAGCAGAUCCUUGCACAGCUGAAGUCGAAAAGAGUAGACAAACUUCAGCCUUCUGUCCCACUGCAGGGUCCUACUAUGGCAAGUCGCAGUCCAGCCAGACAACACCCAAACCGGCAGCUCAGGUCUCUACUGGGAAGCCUGCACAGUUCGAGACGCCAACAUCAGGAUCUGGAAUGGCUACAAAGCCUGGGGCGGUUACCACGACAACAGGAGGAAGCUCUAAUGUUGCAACAGCAGAGAGAGCCAAACCACACCUAUUUAUGAAAGCCAAACCAGAGACUAACACUACGCUGGCCGGUGCUACUGUUAUUGACAUGUCGUUUGCAGAGGCGAGUGGCGCUACUAGAGAGGUGUUAAAGACUGCACCUGUCUCCCAAGCCAAAGUCACACCUACAAUUCCUCCCACUGCUGGCACUGCAGCAGCCACUUCUGUGACCGCUCCUAAAGAGUCACCUAAGGACACGGCUAAGAGUGCCACUGCUGCCACAGCAGUCAAAGCUGAUGUUCCUAAAGUUGAUCCUGCUAAAACAUCAAAGCCAGCUGCAGCAGGCACAGCUGCGGCUGGAAAUGUGUCUGUGCAAGGCAAAAAGGAAGAAGCUAAAUCAGCGCAAACAAAGGUUCAGGCGGAGGUUCCAUCCACAGCAGCUAAAGGAGCCAAACAGGCACCUCCAGUGGAUGCAAUCGAUGAGCUGGCCAACAUAUUACCAUCAACUGAUCCUGUCGCUCGCCCAGAGCCUGUGUUCACGGGGCCAGAGGUCAAAGAGCGUGACAUCACCUCUGAGAAAGGUCAGAAGUGUGGAGAAAGGGACGACACACUGCCUCCAGACUACAGAUUCAAAAAAACGGGUCCAUCUCCUGCAGAUGCUAAACCUGUGGAUGUCCCUAAACCACUGAGCACAGACGCAGCCCUUGAUGCCCUUUCAGCUGGUUUCUCAUCAACCGGUCAGCCUGGACCCAAGAAGCAAGAGCAAAAGGCACAUGUUGAGACUAUAAGUGCUUCUUCUGCUGGCCCUGCUAACUUUGCACCUCCUCCUGUUAAGAAAGCUGAAACUCCUGCAGCAGUUCCUCCUAUGGCGGCUCCUCCAGCUGAUAAAAAAGCUAAGAUGGAGAAAGUCUCAGAUGACUUCUCACUGGAGGCUGGACUCUCUGCUUCAACCACGAAAGCGGGAUCUUCUGUGGCUGCUCCUGCUGAUAAGAAAGCCAAGAUGGAUAAAACCACUCCCGAUGUCUCUAUCAAGGCUGGACUGGAUACCAAAGCAGGCACCAAGCCCAAGACCAGUGAGGGUGACUCCAUGUCUCUGGAUGCUCUCAGUGCUCUGUCUGAUACUCUACCAGAAGAUGCACCAAAACCUGAACCCCCCAAAGUCAGACCUGAGGACAUUGUAUCGGAAGGCAAAGUGACAAAGGAGAAGGGUGUACGAGUAGGAGAGAGGGACGACACUCUUCCACCAGAUUACAGGUACAAAAAGGAAGACCUGAAAAAACUGCCUCCUUCAAAACCAGAGCCCAAGAUAAACGCUGAUGAUGCACUGGAUAUUUUGUCUGGGGACUUCAAUACUGCCUCAACAGCUCCUGCUGUCCAGGCUCCUGUUGUCUGCUCCUCAGCUGCUCCUGUACAGAAAUCUCCCGCUCCUCCCGCUGAUAAGAAAGCCAAGGUGGAGGCUGGACUCUCAGCAGCUACUGCCAAGAAAGUGGAAUCGGCUGCAGCCCCUCCUGUGGCUGGGCCCGGUGCUCCUUCUACUGAGAAGAAAGCACAAGAACACAAACCUGCUGCUGGGAAGGACACCAAACCACAGACCGACAAGGGUGGCUCCAUGUCUCUGGAUGCUCUCAGUGCUCUAGGCGACACAUUACCAGCAGAUGCACCAAAACCUGAAUCGUCCAAACUCAAACCUAAAGACAUUGUCUCUGAGGGCAAAGUGAAGGCGGAGAAGGGUGUACGUGUUGGAGAGAGAGACGACACUCUUCCACCAGGUUACAGGUUUAAAGAGGAAGACCUCAAAAAACUGCCUCCUCCAGAACCUGAGCCCAAGAUGGACACUGAUGAUGCUCUGGACAUUUUGUCUGGAGACUUCAGUUCUUCAUCAGCUCCUGCUGUCCAGGCUCCCGUCGUCAGCUCCUCAGCUCCUCCUGCACAGGCAAAAGUAGAGGAUUUGUCAGCUCUUGACGUACUCUCUGGAGAGUUUGUGGCUCCAUCUAAGGCUUCUGGAGUUCACGCACCAGUCCCUCCUCCAUCAAAGAAGCCACCAGAGAAAACAGUCUGUCCCCUGGAGCAACACACCAAGGUCGAUACCAUUGACGUAAGCGCGCAACAGACAAAGCCCAAGAUUGAGAAGGGUGACUCCAUCUCUCUGGAUGCUCUCAGUGCUCUCAGUGAAACACUGCCAACAGAUGCACCAAAGCCAGAGUCUCCGAAACUCAGACCUGAGGAUAUUGUCUCGGAGGGCAAAGUCAAAAAGGAGAAGGGUGUGCGUGUAGGAGAGAGGGAGGAUACACUUCCUCCAGGUUACAGAUUUAAAGAGGAAGAUCUCAAAAAACUGCCUGCUCCCAAACCUGAGCCCAAGAUAAAUACUGAUGAUGCUCUGGAUAUUUUGUCUGGCGACUUCAGUUCUUCAGCCGCUCCUGCUGUCCAGGCUCCUGUCGUCUGUUCCUCAGCUCCUUCUGCACAGGCCUCUGCAGACACUGCUCUUAAGUCCUUGGCCGGAGACUUUGUUGCCUCCAGCGCUGCACCGGCAGUGAAGUCGGAACCUCGUAUUCCUACACAAACAAAGCCACAGCUGAAAACAGGAGCAGACAGUGCCUUCGAUGCUCUGUCAGACACCUUGGGGGAUAUCAAACCUGUUCCUCAGCCCGCCCCAGGUCCUGUUAAAGAUGCUGUCAAGGAGAAAAAGAUUGUUGAAGAGAAGCUUAUUAAAAUGGGAGAGAGAGAUGACACACUACCACCAGAGUAUCGACCCACUGAAGAAGACCGGAAGAAAAUGGAAGAAGCAAAGAAAAAAGCUGCCACCAUCCCCAAGGAGAAGAGUAUGGAUGACACAACAGCCUUGGAAAUGCUGUCCAGUGACUUCUCUGAUGCUCCCAAGCCUGAUGCACUGGUCACCUCGUGUGCUGCCACAACAAAGUUGGAACCUCCUGUGCUGGACUCAGCUCCUCUGAAGCCGAUGGCUGGUCCUGUUCUGGAGUCCCUGUCUGAUACCCUGCUUCCAGAUGCAGUAAAAGGCAAAUCUAAAACAGACAAACCAAAGGGAAAGAGCAAGUCAAAGUCAAAAUCUAAAAAACAACAAGCAGAGGAGCCAUCUGUCCCCGACCAGCUAUCAGCUCAGAGAAGCGCAGAUGUUGUGCCAACUUCUACAAAGAAGGGAGCCAAGAGCUAGGUCACACGGCCGUCGCUUAAAAUCUGUCCUCCAGGCCACGUGGACGCAUCGGUGAGGGAGCUGCUCUCUGGAUAACGAUUCUAUUUUUGUAAAUUGUUAAGAAUGUAUAUUGGAGUCAAGAAAAAACCUACACGUACCCAUAACAUUUACGCAAUGCACACACAUAGAAGCACAAAAGGACAUGCACGCACACUUACACAUCUAUCUGCUUUACAGUUCAAAGAUAAGAAGGUUUGUUUUGGGGUUUGUUUUUUUAGAGAAUAUGAAAGAGACUUUUAAAAACUGGACAGGUGUAAAGGAUGAGUGGUGAAAUGAAAGAAGUGAAACUGUGGGAAAACUUUUUUGGGUGCCAAGAAUCACGCAUGUACAUCACAGUUGACAGGUGGGGUUUUUUUUGUUUUGUUUUUUUCUUUUUCCUCCAGCAAAACACUUCUAUUACAACACCGGUGACCUAAACCUGCUGGUGUUGUGACAUUAGUUGGAGCAGUGGAGACUUGUGUGAGAGCAGUAUGGAGUAGGUGUAUAGCACCGGGAAGUUUUGUGCAAUCCAGAUGUACACACACACAAAAAGUUUUUCUAUCAUGUCGUGAUUGGACACCAUUACAUAAGACACUAGUGUACAGUUCACAUAUGUUUUGAACAAUACAUAGUUUACAUUAUUAAAUAUGUGGAUUUCCCAGGAGGUGUUCUAAUUAAUUCUGUAUUGGAGAGCUUUUUGCAAAUGCCUCUAUCUUUAAAAAGACCAAUAUCUGUCAAGUAGGUCUUUUUCUAUGUAUUUGGGUUUGCAGAAUGGAAAAAAAAAAAAAAAGACGUUCAUAAGUGCACUUAUUGAAGCAGGAUGUUUACAAGCUUUGUAAACUGCCGUUGUUUGUGAGCUGUAAAAGAGUUUUGCUCUACGUAACACAACACUGUAAUUUACAAAGGGCUAUUGCUUUCAAUUGUAAAGUUAGUCACUAUAAUUCCACCCUUUUUUUGUGGAGUUAAGCCAAGAUAUGACAUGUAUAAGGGGAAAUGCUAACUAAAUUGAAAAAAAAUAAAUACAUAAAUAAAUCAUGUAGUAUCGUUUUAUUAUUAUCGUACCUUAAAAGAGAAACAAAAGAUAACAUUAACUGACUUAAUAUGCUGGAGAAAAUAACUAAAUAUUGUAGGAAAGAUGAACAAACAAUGUGUUUGUAAAGGUGCAAGGGGAAAUGUGUAUGUAUUAAAGUGCGUGGGAGUGUAAUCUCCUAUGAAAGAAUUUUUUUUAUCCGCUCUUGACUUGUGGUUUUGCGCUCUGCUUACAGUUGUAGCACCCCACUUCCUUUAGACUCAAGGGGGGGGGCUUAAAAAACAAAUGUCUUUUGCUCAAAUCUACUUUUGUGCCAAGACCCUGAAUGACUGAUGGGAAUCCAAAUGAGUGGGUUUGAUGUGUGGAAAAAAUAAAAUCUAAUAAAGUCAAAUGCAGUUCAUUGAAGAAGGAA